UGUACCUAAUGUCACAUAGUUAUCCAAAAUAAACACAAAAUUUUCAAGGAAAAAAAUACCGAACCAUGAUUUUUAGCACUUCCACAUGACCUAACAAACAGACCCUUCACAUUUUAUCUCCACAACCCAUCUAAACAUCAAUAUGGACUUCAUCCAGCCAAACGAGAAGACCAUCCGUGACCUGCUGCAGCAGUUCGGGUACUCCUCCGCCACGCUGCCGGACCCCGACGCGACGGACUCGCAGGCCAGCGGCAGCUCCUCGGCGGAUGAGGACCAGCUGUCGGGCACCGGCUCCGCGUCCAGCAGCUCCAGAUCCUCAGGAUCCUGGUCAGAAAGCGACGGGGGCGUCAGCGAGCGGAGUAGCCAGGACUCGUUUGGAGCAGCCUUUGCGUCGGACCAUGAGGCAGAGAUAUUGGCUUACGCUGCCGAUGCGGCUCCGGCCCCCGCACCCGCCGCCGCAGCCCCUGCCGCUGCAGCUCCCGCCGCCGCAGCCCCCGCCGCCGCCGCCCCCGCCGCCCCCGCACCCGCUGCUGCCGCGCCCCCGCCCGCAGCACCAGCCCCUGAAGCCGCACCUCCACCUCCGCUCCCAGCCCCGGCCACCCCUGGCGCACUCAAGUCCAAAGUCCGUGGAGCCCCCAAAUCAAAAUCCCAAACCAGAAGCAGAACUAGAAGCAGAGCUCAAAGCCGGCAGAAAUCCAGAAAAUCUAAAUCCAGAAUGAAGUCCGUCGCUGGAAGAAAGAAAAAACCUCAGUUGCCGAAAAAGAAGGUUAAAGAGUCUGAUGCUGAUCGGCUGGCGAGAGAACGCUGGGAGAAGUUCAGGAAGAUGGAGCUGAAAGCCGGAGCUCACGAGGCGAGGAAGAUGGCGGGGAUGAAGAAGCUGAUGGUCAAUGGGUCGUGGGUACCGGUUAAAGAUCCAACUGCUGUCUUCGACUUCAAGGAUUACUACAGACUGGCUCCCAUUUACACAUAUUUGGGCAGUUUAGAGUUAAAAGUGCCAGAAGUACUGCAAGUUUUUACUAUUGCUGACUCUGCAGAUGGCCGACCAAUCCAGUGCUGCAAGAUAUCCAAUGGUGACCCGUCGAACGGAGCCGUGUGGAUCGACGCCGGCAUGAGCCCGUGCGAGUGGGUGGGGCCCCCCACGGCCAUAUACAUGAUCAACGAGCUGGCCAACGACUUCACUAAUCAGCCGUAUUACAUCACGAAUAAGGACUGGUACAUAGUCCCAAUGAUAAACCCUGACGGCUACGAGUACUCGCACACCAUCGACCGCAUGUACACUAAAAAUAGAUCCCUGCAAAAGGGGAAAAAAGUUGGAGUUGAUCUCAACAGAAACUUUCAACCAGGAUUCAACAGCAAGGACUCCGGAACAUCACAGAACCCCGUCGAAUGGAAUUUCCCUGGCUACGAACCCGUCUCGGAGUAUGAAACAAUUGUUAUAAAGAACAUACUGACAUCGGCAAUACCAUUCAACGUUUACAUCACACUUCGCGCCUACCACCAGUCGAUUGUGUUUCCGUACUCGGGACACCAGGAUGAGGCGUGCCAGAAGUUCCAUAUGCUCAUGGAAGGCGCUAAUGUGAUGGCUCAGGCCAUCUACGACUGUACCGGGCAGAACUUCCAGACCGGAGAAGCUCGUGAUCUCCUCAAGAACCCUGUAGGAGCCAGCAUAGACUACGCGCACGGAUACGCCUGCAUCCCUCACUGCUACCAGCUGAACCUCAGGAGCAAGCAACACAAGUACCUGCUGCCUGCAGACGAGAUCAAGGAGUCGGGGAUGGAGGCGCUGGCCGCCUGCUCAGAGCUCAUGAAGUAUCUGGAUAACUGGGGCUGUAGCUUGAUACGGCGUGCGGUUUGAGAUGAUGAGGGGUUUUGGAAAGAAUUUUUGAUACCAAUAUAGUAGUUUUUUUUACCGCUUU